AUGUGGUCAAAUCGAGAUCCCGAUGCCAGGAGAAGUGGCGUUGGAAAUGUGUUUGUGAAGAACUUUGGGGAUCAUGUUGACAAUGUAAUUCUUCAAGAACUAUUCUCCAAGUUUGGAGAGAUAUUAUCUUGUAAAGUUGUUAGAAAUGAGGAUGGCACAAGUAGAGGCUAUGGUUUUGUUCAGUUUGCAGCACAAGAGCCAGCAGACAUUGCAAUAGAGACUCUUAACAACUCUUACUUUGAGGGCAGAGAGUUGCUUGUUGCUCAUUUCGUUAAGAAGAGCGAACGAUCCGCCAAUAAUGAUGACAAGUACACUAACUUGUAUAUGAAGAAUAUAGAUGAUGACAUGACAGAAGAACUUAUUAAAUUAAAGUUCUCUCAGUUUGGUCAAGUAACUAGUGUGAAGAUAAUGAAGAGAGAUGAUGGAACAUCCAAGGGUUUUGGGUUUGUUAGUUUCAAAACCCCAGAAAGUGCCAAGAAAGCAAAAGAGACCAUGAAUGGGAUGGCUUUGGGAGCGAAAACUUUGUAUGUGGCAAGGGCUCAAAAAAAGGCUGAAAGAAAGCAAUAUUUGCAGCUCUUACAUGAGGAAAAGCGCAAUGAAAUAAUCACUAAGAGCAAUGCAAGUUCCAUCAUUAUCUCUUUUAUGUCUCCUCGUUGUUCCAUCCUAUAUAUUCACGGGUCCAAUGUGUAUAUCAAAAAUAUUAGUGAUGAAGUUGAAGAUGAUACUCUUCGCGAGCGCUUUGCUGAAUUUGGAAACAUUACAUCAGUAAAGAUUAUGCGUGAUGACAAGGGCAUUAGCAAAGGAUUCGGAUUUGUAUGUUAUAGCACACCCGAUGAAGCAAAGUGUGCCGUAGGCAACAUGCGUGGUGUCAUGUUUUAUGGCAAACCAUUGUAUGUUGCUAUUGCUCAAAGGAAAGAGGACAGAAAAGCAAGGCUAGAGCAACGUUUUGCUGAACUUGCUACGAUGGCAGGAACUGCAAGCCCUGUGAUCCCCACAGGUUAUCCUCAUGUGUACUUUGCCCAUCCCAGUACACACUUUCCCCAGGGUCCUUCAAGGCAAGGUUUCAUGUAUCCACCCAUUGGGCUCGGCCAAGAAUGGAGGCAGAAUGUGUACCCUUCGCCGCAUAGUAUCCAACAAAUUCAUGCACCACUCAUGCCAAAUACUCCAAGGCAGUACAGAAACAAUAGGGGACGAAUGACCGGGAAUAUGAUGACUUUUCCCCACACUGUUAACUAUGUGUCACACGCUCAGACAGCUAAAGAUUUCAUGUCCAUGUCCCGGCAGCAAUUCGCUCAUGCAAAGUACAUUCCACCUGAUGUUAUGAGCAAUGGCCUGGCCAUCCAUCACGGCGGCCCUAUUUCGUCGCUGAAUGAUUCUUUUGCCAGCUUGCUGGCUGCUGCUCCACCUGAACAACAAAGGGAUAUGCUCGGGAAUAGGAUAUAUCCACUGGUCGAGAGAUAUCAUCCUGAUCUGGCCAGUAAGAUCACUGGAAUGUUGCUGGAGCUGGAUACUUCUUAUUUGCUCUCGAUGCUGAAUUCGCAGGAUACCUUGUCUGCAAAAGUUAACGAGUGUGUGCAAGCUCUCCAAGGGCAGCAAGCGGCAAAAAAUAAGCCUGAGGAUCUGGAGGCCCUACACCCUGGCUUCCUCGACUCUACCGGUGUAAACGCCAACUGA